UCUAGAAGCUGGGAAAAAUGAUGGCGAAAUGCUGGAGGCGUGCCAACUGUUUGCUCAAUCAGAGGAAUCGCCAUCAAUUGCUCGCGACAAUGCUCAUUAAUCUAAUAUGCAUAUCGCAUGGCAUGGGCAUUGGCUGGCUCUCGCCCACGUUACGCAAACUGCAAUCGACAUCAUCGCCACUUCAGUUUGCAAUGGAUGUCAACGAUGUUUCGUGGGUGGGUUCGGCCUUGGGCUUGGGUUCCAUGACGGGCAAUAUACUUAGUGGAUUAUUCAUUAAUCGCUUUGGGGCCAGGCUCUGUUUGCUAUGCAUAGCGGUGCCACACACGUGCCUUUGGUUUUUGGUCUACUUUGCCCAGAGCGUCGAGUUCUUGAUUGUGGGUCGUUUCUUGGCUGGCAUUACGGGCGGAGGCAUCUACAUAAUACAUCCAUUAUUUCUCAGUGAAAUUUCCGAUGCUAACAUUCGUGGAACUCUGGCUUCACUAGUCAUGCUCUCUGUAAAUAUUGGCAUACUUCUGGGUUAUAUACUGGGCACACACUUAGCGUACCACACAAUGCCUGCCGUAAUGCUAAUUUGUCCUCUGAGCUAUUUCACCUUCGUUUUGCUGUUCAUACGGGACUCCCCCAUGCAGCUCAUACGCAAGCUAAGGUUUGCAGCAGCUGAGAAGUCGUUUCGAUACUAUAAGAACAUUAAAGAUAGUGACAGUCUGGAUAAGCAAACUUUGGCCAUGCUGGAAUUUGAGAAUAUUAAGUUGAAGCUGACCAACGGGGAUGACAAUGUGCCCGAUAAGGUCAGCCUAAAGGAUUUCUUGACACCUCUUGCGGCCAAGGGCUAUGCCAUGGCUGGGGUAAUAGUCAUUGCCAAUCAGUUUAGCGGGCUCUUUACAAUGGUCAACUAUAUGUCGGAUAUAUUUGCAAAAUCGGGCAGCAACAUGGAUCCGAAUACCAGUUCGAUUAUUAUUGGAGUAGUCCAAAUUUUAGGCGCCUACGUGAGCACACUCUUGUGCGAUGUUUGUGGACGCAAAAUACUGAUGUUGAUUUCGUCAGCGGGCGUGGCUAUGAGUCUAACCGCUUUUGGCCUCUUUACACACUAUUCGAACAUUUACGAUUUGGGCGGCUGGAGCUGGGUGCCCGUAGCUUUGAUGUCUCUUGACAUAUUUCUGGGCAACAUUGGCUUGAUUAGCUGCAUUUUUGUGCUGAUAGUCGAAAUGUUUCCACAUAAGAUACGAGCUCGAGCAACGUCUAUAUCAAUUGUUGUCUGCAGCUCGUUGGUAUUUCUGAUUCUCAAUAUUUUUCCUCUGUGUAUGGCACAGUGGGGCCUGCCGGCUACCAUGUGGUCGUGUGCAUGCAUAACGGCUGUAUGCUUCAUAUGUUUUUUGUUAUUUUUAAAAGAAACCAAAGGAAAGUCCAUGGUUGAAGAUUGAUAAUAA